AUGUUACCCCGUUGGAGACUAUCAUCGGACCAUCUUUCCAACCGUUUCCCAAUACCCUCAAUCCAUCAAUCCCAACUCAACCGCAUACAAAAAAUAUCAGACAUGCCUGGCUUUGUUUACCGUGAGAACCGUGUCCCUCACUACCAGCGCCUAUUCCAGAAGAACGAUGGUGUGAGGCAAUGGUACAAGACUCCGCGAUCCAAGAUGAUGCUCUAUCCGUACUUCGUUAUGCUUAGUCUCGGAAUUUCCGGCUCUCUCUAUGGAAUGUGCAGAAUGGUGAUGGGCAAGAAGUCGUACUUUUAAACCCAGUUGCAUUGUUACUCGCAAUCGUAAUGCGCCUAUCAAUUAUUAUUUUUGCUAGUGGGAUGCGAUGGGACUGGAUGUGAGGUUUGGGGGUUUUGAGGUGGGGGAAUGUUUGUGCAUAGCAAAUAUGAAAUAGAAGCGAAGUGUAAAAUUUC